AUGAAAUCUUUUUAUGUUGAUGAAAAGACAUAUUGUGAUGAUUUUGAUGAAUACUACUCUAAAUAUUAUGAGUCUGAUUCAGAAACGGACAUAGGCUCAGAUUCAACUUACAACAUCGGUCCAGAAAAGGCUACGGCGAAUUCGAGUGGGAGCAAGCGCAGUCGGAAUAGUAAGAGAUCCGAAGAAAGUAAUAGCAAGAAUAAGAAGAAGAAGAACAAUAAUAGAAGAUGGAGCGAUGAGGAUGAAAUAACCCUCUUACAAGGCUUCAUUGACUACUCCAAACAAGAAAAUAACAGCAUUGAUAUUGGUGGCUUCUUCCUUUUCAUUCGAAAAUCUUUCAUCACCUCUAUUCCAGGCCUGACCAAGAAGCAGUUGAGUGACAAGCUUCGUCGUCUCAAGAAAAAAUUCAAAGACAACCAACCCAAUUAUCAUCUUCAACCUCCUGCCACUCAUCAUGAUCGCAAGGUGUUUGAUCUCUCCAACAUUAUUUGGGGUCGUGAUGACAAAAAAGAUAUGGCGAUGAACGACUCGGAUCAAGGCAAAGUUGACGAUGAUGAUGACGAUGGAGUAGUAGUCUCUGAUGAUUAUGACGUUGUUAUUCUAUUGCCAGAAUCACUCGACGAUUAUCUUUGUGACCAUGGCGUGCGUUUAGAUUGGCUUGAAGACGAGGAUGUCAAGAAAUUGGAGAAAAGUUGGAAAAAGGUUAAGGAGUAUGAGCACAAAUAUGUUAUCAGAAAAUCAACUUUGGAUAUUACCAUGAAUCGUUUGAAACUUCAACUAACUAAACUAGUUGAUGAUUAG